CGUUAAACAGUGAACAAACAAUUAUAAUUGAUGGCAGCACGCAAUGCUGAAAUAUUGUUUUAAGUGCCGCUGUUAAAGAAUGUCAUCCUAUUCGUCGCCACCAGAGACUACCAAACCAAUAAAAAAAAGCACAACGCCGAUUGAAAAUGCUGAGCAUGAACAGCCGCAGCCAGUGCCGUGCAAGUUGCCGCUGACCAACGCUGCCGCUAGUUCUGCUGCCGCCACCGCUACCUCCACCGAGGCACAACUGUUGCAUGUGGAGGGAACAGCUUCCAAUUCCAGCGAUGUUGGCACUAUGCGAUGGUGGUGGCGCACGCGCAGCUUAAAUGCGCCAUCGCCCUUUCAACAGUUCGGACCAUGCGGUCGCAUUAUGAAGAAUUCCGCCAUGGUCAUGCAAAUACAGGAUCCCGCCAGUCAACGUCUGACCUGGUACAAGCCUCCACUCACUGUGCUGGUCAUCAAGAAGGUGAGCGAUGCCUCGGUGCUGGCGCCAUUUGUCCAACUGGUCGAGUGGUUGCUGCAGGAGAAAAAUAUGGUCGUGUGGGUGGAAUCGGCGGUCCUAGAGGACUCGCUGCUAAACGAAAAUGACAGGUUCCGGAGCAUACGUGAUAAGCUCGUCACAUUCAAGGACGGACGGGAUGAUCUCACCGAUCGGAUUGACUUCAUUGUCUGCCUAGGCGGCGAUGGGACGCUGCUCUAUGCCUCGCUACUAUUUCAACAAUCAGUGCCACCAGUUAUGGCAUUCCAUCUUGGCUCAUUGGGUUUUCUCACGCCAUUCCGGUUCGACAACUUCCAGGAGCAAUUAACGAACGUACUCGAGGGUCAUGCGGCGCUCACAUUGCGUAGUCGCCUGCGCUGUGUGGUAAAUCGGAAGAGCGAAAAGCGCCACGAGAGGACGGACGAUGGUAGUAAAUCAGCUGCCAACAGCAUAUUAGUACUUAACGAGGUGGUCAUCGAUCGUGGGCCCUCGCCAUAUCUUAGCAACAUCGAUCUCUUCCUCGACGGCAAAUACAUAACAUCGGUGCAGGGCGAUGGCCUGAUAGUGUCCACGCCCACGGGCAGCACAGCCUAUGCAGUGGCCGCAGGCGCAUCCAUGAUACAUCCCUCAGUGCCGGCUAUACUGGUAACGCCCAUUUGUCCCCACUCCUUGAGCUUUCGACCGAUUGUGGUGCCUGCGGGUGUGGAGCUAAAGAUUUCUGUAUCGCCAGAGAGUCGCAACACAUCGUGGGUUUCCUUUGACGGACGCAAUCGUCAGGAACUCUUUCACGGCGAUAGCUUGCGUGUGACCACCUCGAUCUAUCCAGUGCCCAGCAUUUGCGCGCUGGACCAAAUCACUGACUGGUUUGCAUCACUAGCCGAUGGUCUGCACUGGAAUGUGCGCAAGCGCCAGAAGUGCCUCGACGAGCUGUCCGAUUUGACCGCUUCCGGUUCCGAGGAUACGCUCGAUGAGCUUGAGAAUAUGAAAUUGUAUGAUGUUUAGUGCGUAAGUUUUACAUUUUUUUUCGUUUUGUCGUUCUCUCUAUAGUAUGCCAAUUAGCCUUUAGUCUCGUAUAGUUUGAAUUAUUUAGUAUUCUCUCAGCCCCGAUAGUGUAAUAUUUAUAGUCUGCUUAAAAGCAAUAAUAUUGCAUACUCAAAAGUGCAACAAUCGUUGCGUACAAUUAAA